AUGCUGUCGCCAUCGCAGGCAGCGUUGAGUGAAUUUCUUGGUUAUUCGUCGAUUGCCUGUUGGCUGGGGGCCCAGUUUCCCCAGGUUCUCGAGAAUAUUAGAAGCAAUUCAUGUGAAGGGCUAGCUCUUCCGUUUCUUGCGAAUUGGCUUAUGGGCGACAUCUCCAACUUGGUCGGCUGCAUCCUUACCCAUCAGCUUCCAUUCCAGACAUACCUGGCCACUUACUUUGUCUUUGUGGACUGUACACUUGUUGGCCAAUAUAUCUACUACACCAUCCGGAACCCACCUUCACACGUCCGGGCACUUGACAGACCGGCCUCUCGCUACCGAACUUUGUCUGUAGUAGCCGCCAGUGUAGCCAAAGCAGCCUGCGCUAGCCGCGCAACACGACGACCACACAGGUCGCCCACGAAGUCGGUCGGUGCGCUUACUCGAGUGUCGAGAGAAUCAGACGAUGAAGUAGACGACUCCACCUUGGCGGCUCUAGCAGAUAGCUUCCACUCCGAAGGUGGCCGUCGUACACGUAUUUCCUGGAGCUCCGAAAGGCACGGAGGCCGAGGUGGCAGCGUUGGUCGAAUACCGUCCCGAGGCGCUCUCCCUACAGCAUUGCACAUGUCCGCCCCCUCAGCCGAAGUCGCAGAGGCUCUCAUCCGAGGUCGAAGUCUACAGCGAGACGCAGACGCGGAUCUUAACCUCUCACAAGAUCCUGAACCUCGGCGCAGAAGCUCUCGGCGGGGCGCCAGUAUGGUGUUUUUCGGUGUCUGGGCUUUGUUCAGCGUGGGCGCACUAGCUGGAAGUCAACGGCAUUUGCCACUUACCAGUACCACUACUCGUAUAGGAAACGUGCUCGCUGCCCGGGGGGUUCGUAUCCCUGACCCUCAAACGUACUCGUCUUUAAUGGCUUCUGAUGUUCCAACAACGUUCGAACCCGUGCACAGUACUGACGUGUACGUCUCGAUCUCUGAGCCAUCAUAUCACCAGACCCUCUUUCAGCCGUCUAACGAACGUGUUCUGGGUCGCAUCUUUGCGUGGUUAUGUACCACUUUGUAUCUUACUUCCCGAUUGCCGCAGAUCUGGAAGAACUAUGUCAGGAAAUCUGUCCAGGGAUUAUCUAUGUAUCUUUUCGUUUUUGCUUUCCUCGGGAAUUGUUUUUAUGUUGCAUCUAUCGCUACCUCCCCUAUGGCCAGACUCCCGCCGCCCGCCUCAACAGACUUUAUCAAAGAGAGUAUACCAUAUCUUUUAGGAAGCGGCGGCACACUCCUCUUCGAUAUCACCAUCGUGAUGCAAUCCUUCAUUUAUGCACCCAAGUCACGACGUAGGAGCUCCUCGGUUAGUAUUGAAGAGGACAGAAGAUUGCUGGAUGGAGAUGCUUUAGCGCAUGCGCGAUAUAAUACUAAUGAGCUGAGAACAUCACCGGAACGGACGUUGAGUAGAACUCUAUCAGCUACACAUGCUCGCUCGCUCGUACUCGAUUAUCUAUCUCAUCAAUGCUACACCCGUACUGCGCGAGCCUUCGCAGAGGACAGCGCCGUUCGACACCUCGACGCAGACGGUGACGAGGUGAUGCAGCCAGCUGACUGUAGUUCCAGUCUACCUGAACUGUCUGAGGAAGUAUUGAAACAGGCGGACCAGCGAGCAGAGAUAAGACAGUUAUUGCUUUCAGGAAAAGUGGACGAAGCUACGGAUCUACUCAACAAAUAUUUUCCUGCCGUUCUUAGCAUGACAGAGUCCACUAAAGUGGAACCGCCAAAGCCGACAUCAUACGUGGCGUCUACCUCUGUCGAUCCCGCCCAUCUCCUUUUAAAUCUGCGCAUACAAGCUUGGAUUGAAUCAUGUCGAACAAUUCCUUUGAAAUACCCUCCCACCGAAACCGAGUCUCCUCCUCCUAAAUCACAGAAACGAAGCUCCCAGGCUCUUCACGAAGACGAUCCCGAAACCCGCGACCAGCAAACGGCACAGCUGAAGAAUGCUCAAAAGCUUUAUGCUCUGGCCAGCCAUCUCCCGUCUGCUGCUGAUCAGGAACAGUAUAUCGAGGAGCUGAAGAAUGUGCUGGGCAUCCUUGCGUACAUCGUCCCGGAAGACAGCUCGGUGGCCAAGUAUCUGAGUCAGGAGAGGCGGGAAGCAGUCGCCGAUCAAAUCAACAAUGCGAUACUCUAUAGGACAGGUCUCGCGGCUGUAUCACGAGUGGAAUUGAUAGUACGCCAGACCUCCAGUCUCUGGUCCUUUGCUCGUGACCUGAACAUUCUGUCCCGUUCGGGUACCUUCUUACCUCCAAGCGCCAAGGCGUCCUUGAAGAUGUCCGGUAAUUCCGACAAGGGACAAGAAAUUGUGCCCUUGUUCGACCUUUCGCAAUUCUUAGAUUCGAAAGCAUGA